AAGGAAAUGCAACGAUUGGGAAGAACGAUUGGCUCUAACCCCAGCGGAUAAUGAACUUCGUCCCCAAAUUUUAAGUCACAAAAUAUAAAAGUAGCGAUAUUUCAAAAGUAGUGUACAUACUUCUUUCAACUCUUACGACAUGUCCAACGAAGAAAUUGUAACUCCCGGAUUCCAAUCCUCUGAGCUUCUUGCUAACCUUAAGGAUGCUCUUCAAAACGGUCUCUCCGCCGAAGAGAAGGCCAAGCUCUUGAAGCAGGUCAAUGGCGUUUUUGAAUUCGUUAUUAAGAAUUCCGAUGGAAAGGAGCAGAUUUUCACCAUUGAUUUGAGAAAGGAUGGCGAAGGUGAACUCUACAAGGGCAAGGGCAAGGCUAAGCCCAGUGUUAGCAUUACCAUCAAGGACAACGACUUUAUUGACCUUGCUUCUGGCAAGCUCAAUGGUCAAAAGGCUUACAUGACUGGCAAGCUUAAGGCUAGAGGCCAACUGAUGCUGGCUAUGAAGUUGGAUUCUGUGUUCAAGCAGGUCAUUGAUACCCAGGUCAACAAGGCCAAGCUGUAAACGCACAUUUAGGUUGUUGAUGAAAAAUUGUACAGUUUUUUCUGGUGUAGCUGAGCAGAGC